AACAACAACAACAUCACCACCAUCAGAAUUAUUUGGUGUUUUUUUUCCCUCAUCAUAAAAUAACAUCGACAGCAACAACUGCAGUAACAACAGCGCUAUCUGUCAUAGAAGAUCAAGUCAAAGUGCCAUAAUAUUUUUAAAAUCAUACUUGUAUUACUUUGUGAAAUUGUGCGUGUGUGUUUAGAUUAAAACGAGCAAAUAAAUAACAGCAACAGCCACAACAAAAA